AAAAAAAAUAACUAGAAAAAAAGUAAAACGUCGUUCAAAUUACGCGCAACGCGCGCGCUUAUAAAAAUAUUGCCAAUUUGAGCAACAAUUUAGAUUACUGCUAAUUUAAAAUGGUAAAAACACAGUAAGAAACUAUGCCUCGAGUAAAGCUUGACUAUAUCGUCAGCUUUAGCAGCGAAGAUCCAGAUAACCCGGCGAGCAACCUGUUGAAUUGGGAAGUAAGCAAAAAACGUUGGUUGUGCUCCAAGGGAGAACCUUCCUGCUCUGUAGUUUUGCAGCUCGCAAAAGCAGUUAAGAUUUCAGAAAUACACAUUGGUGCCCAUAAUGUUGCUUUUGUGGAAGUCCUCGCAGGAAGAUCUGAGAAGCCAAAUGAAUCAUUUCAGGUGAUAGUGGCGAGCAGUAUAUUCCUGUCUCCGUCGGAAUCCCGUGGAGCGGGCGACGGGAGCUCAGGAUUAGAGCGCGUGCGAUCAUUUCCGUCAUCCCAGCUGCAGCCCGGUGCUGCGGCCCAGCGCUGGGACCGCGUGCGGGUGCUGUGCUCGCAGCCAUACAAUAAGCACUGCAAGUACGGGCUGAGUUUCGUUCAGAUAUAUGAACCGGAAGGGGCAGAUUCAUCGUCCCACCGGCCCACGUUAGUGUUGCCCACCAUCACUGGUGACGAUGAUGAUGAAGACGAUGACUUCAAACCUGGGGAGCUGUUUGCCGCACACAACACUUCCAUUACCACUGACACAGGAUCCCAAAUAAGACACGCCACGUCUCAAGCCCUAAAAAACAUAUCGAAUUCCGCCACCAAAUUAGUAAAAACUCCCAUCACCAAGAACAAACGUUCGGAACACGCGAAUGAAGAAUGUUCCACAGACAGACGGAGAUCCAGCCUCAUGUAUACGGACGACGAUGAAAAACCACAUGCCAAAAUAGACCAUAUUGUUGACGAGAAAUGCAAACAGGAGCCUAGUAGCAGCAAGAAAGCCAAACAAUCCGAUACAAAGAAAAAUGCUUCUAGUAAAAAUGUGACAACAGAAGACAGUGAUAAGAGGAAAGAAAAACCAAGCGAUAGUGAAACAGGAAAGGACGAAAGACUUGUUGGAAACGGGAGCGAUAAACAUACCAGUAAAUAUAUUAAAAAGGAAUAUACCCGAAGUGGUAAAAGUCAAGAUGAAGAAACUGACAGCUCUAGGAAAUUGAAGCACGUAAAGAAAACGGAUAAUGGUAGAGAUAGCAGGUUCGAUAAAGGAUCACCAACGCCCAGUCGCGAUGAGAAGCGGAAGUACACAAACAAUGAUCAGCCGUCGACGAGUCGGGUUAAUGAGAGUUUCAAUACGAAGAAACGAUCAAGGGAAAAGCCUGCGAAAGAGUUGGGUUCGGUGCUGGCAGGCGUGGAACUCACUAUGAGUGGAUACUUGAACCCGGAGCGAGGAGAACUGAGGGAGCUAGCUCUCAGGAUGGGGGCUAAAGUUCAUCGCGACUGGGGACCCAGCUGCAAUCUGCUCAUUUGUGCCUUCGCCGACACUCCUAAACUUCGUACGGCGCGUUCGGAGCGCGGGGACAGUUUGCGAGCCGUGAGGGGGGGGUGGCUGAGGGAGGCUGCCAGGAUCUGUAUGCAGCCGCCCUGGAGGAGAUAUGCCGCCGAUCCCAAAGAUAACCAUCCCUCCAGCGAUAGUCCCGUAAGGCGAGCUAGUUGUGAUGAAUCCUCAGACACGGACGACGAAAUUGAAAGAGUAUUGCGCGCGCAGAAGAAACCGAGACUACAACACGCACCAUCACCCUCCCCUCCACCCGGAGAUGAUGAUGAUGAUGAUAAAACUGACCACGACGACCAAGAUUCGUCGCGAUUGGAGAGUAUAGAGGCGGCGAAGUCCCUCCCGGCGAUGUUCUCGGAGCUGUCGUUCGUAAUCCGAGCUCGGCAGCCUCUGAACACUUUGUGUGACAGAUAUAUACGAGCUUAUGGUGGACUUGUGAAACAGGAGGAGCAUUUGGACGGUUCCAGCACCGUGGACUACGUAUUGAGUGAAGAUUUAAAUACUGUAGUUCCUAAAAGCUGGCGAUGCGCUGUAGUGUCGCCCGAGUGGCUGUGGAGUUGCCAUAAACACCAAGCAUUGUUACCCCCCUGACUUCCAUCGAUUAAUUUUUCAAAAUGUUGUUAAAAUGAUGAAUAAAAUAAAAUUAUUAUUUUUGUAAUAAUGAAUGACAGUGUCGUAUGCUGAUAUCAAAGUUUUUUGUUUUGCGUUUGACGUUGACUAUUAUCUAUCACCAAUAAAUUGUUGAAAUAAA